GCCACCAUUUCUAUUUGGCAGCUAGAAGUCAGCUCACAGCCUUUCGGCUGCUGGGGACGCGCUCUGCCCUCACCUAACAUGGUGCGCUGCAGAGUUGGUCACGUGGGUAUGGUGUUUCCCUCCCCCUUCCGUACUGCGUCACGUGCCGCUGGCGUCGCCCUCUGUGGGGCGGCCACGUGGACGCGCGGGCCGGUGAGUGCGGGGCGGCGCCCUCAGGGGGCGAGUGGGGCCGGCGGGAGUGAUAACAGAAUAUAUGUGAAUUUCAAACUCAGGAUGCCUCAGAAGAGGAGCUCUAGUAGGCGAUCAUUCCCAUUGCUGCUGCUGAUUAUUGUUGUGGCCUUUGUACAUUUAACUGUCUGUCCAUUUACAAAAGUGGAGGAAAGCUUUAACCUACAAGCCAUCCACGAUGUUGUGUACCAUCGUCUAGACUUGGAUAAGUAUGAUCAUCAUGAAUUUCCUGGAGUUGUCCCAAGAACGUUCCUUGGACCAAUUUUUAUUGCUGCUCUUUCCAGCCCAGCUAUAUAUGUACUUUCGGUAUUACAAAUGUCCAAGUUCUACUCCCAGCUGAUAGUCCGAGGAACUUUGGGACUCAGUGUGAUUUACACAUUAUGGAAGUUACAGAAAGAAGUUAGAAAGCAGUUUGGAGCAACUGCAUCAACAGUCUUCUGUCUCAUAACUGUUACUCAGUUUCAUUUGAUGUUCUACUGCACACGAACCCUUCCCAAUGUGUUUGCACUUCCUUUUGUGCUCCUGGCAUUGACGUUUUGGAUACAGCAAAAGCAAAGGCCAUUCAUUUGGUUCUCAGCUUUGGCAAUUAUAGUCUUCAGAUCAGAGCUCUGUAUAUUCUUAGGACUCAUGCUUCUGGUGACAUUUUUGAAUAAAAGAGUCUCCAUUUUAAAGGUGCUUUCCCAUGCUGUUCCUGCUGGAAUUUUUUGGCUGGGACUAACGGUUGCUGUGGACUCUCUGUUUUGGAGGCAGCUUCUGUGGCCUGAAGGGAAAGUGCUCUGGUAUAACACAAUUUUAAACAAAAGUUCCAACUGGGGAACCUCCCCUUUCUUGUGGUAUUUCUAUUCAGCCCUGCCUCGUGCUUUGGGAUGCAGCAUUAUAUUUGUACCUUCAGGUGCAGCAGAAAAGAGAACUCGGAUAUUACUUUUGCCAGUGCUGGGCUUUAUUUUCUUGUAUUCAUUUCUUCCACACAAAGAGCUGCGUUUUAUCAUAUAUACUUUCCCUGUCUUCAACAUAGUGGCUGCUAAAACUUGCUCACGAAUUCUAAAUAACUACCGGAAAUCCUGGCUAUACAAACUUGGAUCUCUCUUUGUUAUAAUGCAUCUUCUAGUUAAUGCAGCUUAUUCAGGAACAUCUUUAUAUGUUUCACAUUUCAAUUAUCCUGGAGGAGUAGCAAUUCAGAAGUUACAUGAGUUGGUACCCUCAACAGCAGAUGUCUCUGUUCAUAUUGAUGUGGCCGCAGCACAAACAGGAGUUUCUCGGUUUCUAGAAAUCAAUUCAGAUUGGAGGUAUGAUAAAAGAGAAGAUGUUAAACCAGGAGACCAGAUGAUGUUUUCUUACACACACAUACUGAUGGAAACCAAUCCUCUUCAAGUAUCACAUUACAAGACAACCCACAGGCCACUGGCAAAUAUACCUGGCAUCAGUAAAAUUGGGUUGAACCUUACUGCACUACCUCCUUUUACUUUAAACUUAAAACCAAAAUUAGUACUGUUGGAAAAACUUCCCCUAUUGUCCUGACUGUGAAUUUUAAGUAAGUCUUUUUGAUGUAAUUUUGCUGAUUGAAUAAGACAAAUGCAAACUGCCAUUCUAGCACUGCAGUCCAGCUUCUGUGAAAAGCCAUGGAAAAUAAUCUUGGUAUUGAUUGGUAUUUAGCUCUGUUCAGUUUCUUAUGUAUAUAUUACAACACAUUCCUAGGCAGUAUGUACUCAAAUACUGAGCUAUAGUGCUAGGUAAGUUUGAGAGAAGGUACCUACACGUUUAGCACUAUUAAGUAAAACCCACAUACUUAGUUCAGGUAGCUCUUUCAUAACACAGCACAGGUAUGUCUUAAUUGCCCUAUAUAAGACACAUAAUGGAACUGGUUUGUGCUGCUGCAGUGAUUUGAUAUGUAAUCUGUGUGUGCAAAAAUGUAUCACUUGACAUAUCUGCAGGAUUAUGAUGCCCUCAGUUGUCAGAUUACCUGUGUGAAACUAAUUACAGCAAAGCCAUAUUCGUUGUAGCUUCAUCACAAUACCUAAUUGUGCCCUGUAGGCUACCAAACUAAUUAAAGUGAAAGAUUCACUUGAAAAGCAGUUGUACUUCUUGGCAAUCACUGGCAAGAUUUGAGUAUUAAGGGAUGGCUAUCUUUAUUACAACAGUGCAUGAGUAAGCAGUGCAACUUGGAUUUCACAGAAGAAAAGAUGAUUUUAAAAAUAUCUUUGCAGCAGAAGAGGGGAAACACUAUCUUAAUUUGCAAUGCAAAAAUUACCUAUGAAAAUACUCACUUGAAUGCACUUGAAAAUAAGUGCUGUUUUCUUUAUGAAAUAAACAGACCCUUUGGAAAGAAUACUCUAAUGUGCCAUGUGUGUAAUGGACAAAUGUGUUGUACUCUGUAAGUAAGAAUAAGGUAGUAUGCCUUGUCAUUCCUUCUUAAUUAGAAGUUUUUGAGGAUGUCCACCUCGCUUGCUGAGUGGAAGAAGUUAAAGUGUAUACCAAGAAGAAAAGUUAGAAUUUCAGUUAGGAGCAGUUGUAAUUUGACAGGAGCUCUAAUAGUAAAAAAUCAGUGUUUCUGAAAUAAGUAUGGCAGAAAACUAUUCCUUACUGACUGAAACCUCAAGAGUAAAAAAAAAAAAAAAAAAAAUCUAAUGGAAUAAAAGGAUGUUUUCUUUUUCCAUCCUUAAA